CAAUUGCACAAAUAAUCAAGUAGAAUAUGAAGCUCUGAUUAUUGGUCUUGAGAUGUUGGUGGAGCUUAAAGUAUCCAUGGUUGAGGUUAUAUGGGACUCACAACUAAUCUUGAAGCAACUUUCUGGUGAGUACAAAUGUACUAACCUUACUUUAGCCCCUUAUUUUGCCUUGGCUGUGCAAUUACUAAAAGAAUUUGAUGAUGUGUCUCUCAGACAUGUGCCCAAAGACCAGAAUUAUGAAGCUAAUGAAAUGGCCCAGCUUGCUUUAGGUCUACGGAUUCCUGAAGGAGAAGCCAUGAUGAACUAUUGUUGUGUUGUCUGGGUCCAGAUAAAAGUUUCUAGAUGUUGUUUAACGUCCAUGAUGGGAUUUUUGGUGCACACUAGUCUACAUUAUGCACAAGCUGAAGCUUCCAACAAGGUGUUGAUUAAUUUGCUUGAAAGAAUGGUGGAUAACAAGAUCAGAUGCUGGCAUGAACGGUUGUUUGAAACACUAUGGGCUUAUAGAACUUCACAAAGGAGUUCAACCAAAAUGACACCUUUUGCUUUGACAUAUGGCCAUGAUGCAGUCUUACCAAUGGAGUUAACAGCCAGGUCUUCAAGAAUAGCGAUUCAACAUAAUCUCCAGUCUGGGGAAUACGAUGAGGGCAUGAUGCUUGAGCUUGAAAACCUUGAAGACACACGUUUGAUAGCUUUGGAUAGAUUGCAAGUUCAAAAGCUCAAAAACUCAAAAUUGCAAAGUUUUACAACAAGAGAGUGAAAGGUAAAAUCUAGCAGUUGGUGACUUGGUCUAGAAAGCAAUUUUACCUCUUGGCAGGAAAGAUCACAAAUUUGGGAAGUGGUCCCCAAAUUGGGAAGAACCAUUUCGAAUUCAUAAGAUGUUGAGAGGGGGAGAGAGGGAGCUUAUUGGCUAGAGUCACUUGAUGGAGAGCUUCAUCCCCAAAAAAAUCAAUGGAAUUUAUCUCA